AUGUCGUGUCCCCAUUGGAAGAGGAGGGAGCAGCAGGAGCACCGGUCGUGGGCAGAGAUGAAGAGGUGUGGCCUCGUCAUCCGAUGCGGGGUACUCCAAAUCAUGCGAGCCAUCCAUUCCGAGAAGGUCAGCGGGCUCAUCGUCACCAACGACUACACCGAGCGACGGAGGAACGUCAAGCUAGUCAAGAGAAUGCAUGGGAAGCUGGCCAUGCACGUCCGUAGGGGAACGUGGUAA